UAUAAACGACAGCUCGGCUUCCUCCUGAUAAAAUUCAAGCGUGCUUCUGUCAGAAGAGCACAUUGACUUAAGACGCUGCUGCGGAGGAAGGUGGCGGAGGACAGCAACAACUCUGGUGCCCCACGAGGGCUAGAGAUGGGAAUGAGAUUUCCGAAAGGCUGCAAAGGGCCACCACCUCAGACUGUGCGGAAGUUAUUGGAGCAACGAAGACAACAACAAGCUGCUCUAAGCCGCAGCACCAGGCCCCUGAUCCCACCAGGAGCUUUAGAAGCCAGCUGGCCAGCGCCCCAUGGAACACUAGAAAAGGGGGAUUCUGUUCUAGGACCAUCUACGGUCCCUCCGUAUCCAGUUGCUGCCUUUCCUGCCUGGCAACCAGAGGCCUCCAGCCAAGGAGCUUUCGCUCCAGAUUUUCACUACCCGUGUGUGGACCCUGGCAACAAUUUCCAUCUCCAGCCUCAAGGGAGCCAGUAUGAUGUGAUGAGUCCCUGCCCUCCCUUGGAAACCAAUAUUUAUGGAGCAGCAGGUCCUGGAGGUCCCGAGGUAGCCUAUGCAUCCAAGAUAACAUCAGCAGUAAAUUAUGAGAAGGUUGCCACUGAAGCUGUCCAUCUUUAUCCAAGCUCGGAGACCUCCUGGCUGGGACAGGAACAAAACAAUGCUUGCCUCCUCCUUCCUGGGAGUUACGCAGACUUAUCUGUGGAUGUCGAUCCAGGGGAACUGACUCAAGCUCGGGCACAGAUCCAGAAUAUAGAUCUAUCUCACCUUUUGCAGCAGGAUGAAGAUGGCGACACGUUGCUUCAUCUCUUUGUGGCUCAAGGACUCCGCCCAUUGUCGUAUGCUGCAGCUGAAAUGCUCAGAGAUUGUGGACAGUUGGACGUCAAAGAACACCGGGGAAAGACUCCAUUAUUAGUGGCGGCUGCAGCCAACCAACCUAAGAUCGUGAAGGACCUGAUUUUGCUGGGAGCAGAUGUCAAUGCCAUGGACCAAAAGGGGCAGACUGUGCUGCACCUUGGCGCCACCUACGGGCUGCCCAGUGUUAUUGAGGCGGUCAUGAUGACUGGUGCUCCUGUCAACGUGGAUGCCAGAAAUUUUGAAGGUCUCACUCCUUUGCACUGUGCCGUCAUGGCUCACAAUGCUGCCUUCCAGACACAAAACAUGGAGCCCUUGUCCCAACAUCACCUGCAGAACUUACUGCUCUGUAUUCAGCGGCUUUUGCAACUUGGUGCUGAUUACAAGAGCCAGGAUUUGAAGAGCAGUAAAACCAUCCUGCAUCUGGCUGUUCAAGCUGCAAACCUGCCUUUGGUCCAGUUCCUCCUCAAACUGCCUGGACAGGAACGUCAGAAUUUUGUAAACAUUAAGGCCCAUGGCAACACAGCUCUGCACAUGGCAGCUGGCCUCCAUGGCCAUCCUUAUCAAGAGCAGAUCGUCCGCCUCUUGCUGGACCACUGGGCCGAUCCCACUGCCCGGAACCCAGAGAACGAGCAGCCAGUUCACCUGUUGACUUCAGGACCAGCAGCCGAGCAACUGCGUCUUUUGCUGCGAAGCCGUCGCUCAGGCCCUGGGUUGGUCUAUCCCCCAUCCUUCACCUGACACAGCCAUCCUGGAUAGAGGGAGACCAACCUGUCUCUUUCUCUACCCUCGAAGAGUGAGGGAGCCUGAAUGUCUUUUGUUUCUUUCUUCUCCUUUCUGUUCUCCCCACCCCCGAUGGAAGGUGUGGUCUUCUAUAUUUGCUAUAUUUAAUUAAGUUAUUGGAUAAGGAUUGGGACGUCAAGUUGAACCUCAAGAGCUUUACACACAAAAAAAGCAUAUUUUCCUAGUAGAAGCCGGUGCCGUGGGUCAGUGGUGGAGAGGACUCACUGUAACCGGGGUGGGCUUCAGAACCUUUAGCAACGGGUUCGCUGCCCACUUCCUGGGUGGGCAUGGCCAUGAUGGGCAUGGCCUAGUCGUCCACCUGCACCACGGUGGGAGGCCUGUUUUUUCUCCCUCCCCAGAUUUAGGAGGCUUUCCUUGAGCUUCUGGGAGGACGAAAACAGCUUCCCCUGAGGUCCAGAGGGUCUCCGGAAGCUCUCCAGAGGCCGGAAACAGGCCUAUUUCUGGACUUCCAGAACUUCCGGGAGGCUUGUUUUUCACCCUCCCCAAGCUCCAGAGGGUUUUCUUGAGCCUCCGGGAGUGCGAAAACAGCUUCCCCCAGGCCCUCUGGAGGCUGAAAACCGGCCCAUUUCUAGACUUCCAGAACCUCCAGUAGGCCCAUUUUUUGCCCUCCCAGAUCCUCCAUGCGGUCCCUGCACUUAUCUGGAAUGAUAAGCGGGCCACGUGGAGAGUUCUGGGAAAGGAGGGGUGAGCGUGACCAUCCAGGGGUGGCAUUUGGGGGUUUGCUGAACCCUGGUAAUUUUUAGCUAGAGGAUCGGCCAAACCCUGCCAAACCCCCAGGAGCCCACCCCUGAGUGUUACCAUAAACCAUCGGUGGAGAGGCUGGGUUUAUCUCCUCCAUCACCACUGCUUCUACCACAGGCCGAUGGCAUCCCAGAUGCAAACCCACCCCACACAAUCCCACGAGGUUCCGUGUCACCAGCAAGAAUGGUGAUCUGAGCAUCUGGGCCCAUCUUCUUCUCACCUGGCACCCUCUGGGCCGUUCCAGGUUGGAAUCCAUCCCUCCGCAUAUUUGAAGGAAAGUUGAUCCGAAUUCUGCAUCCAGCUACCUCCCUCAUUUGGUCCUCGUGAUAUUCUGUACAAUUAGGAGCCCUCCGUCUUCCUUAUCGACUACGCUUCAAUCAUUUCCGUGAAAUGGGAUUUUUAACUCGAACCAUAUUGGUUCGUAGAACACUUGGAUCUUGCAUUGCCGUCGUUAUUCUUGAAUCAUAUUGGUUUGUUGAACUUCUUUUUUUUUUUAACUUGAACCACAUUGGUUUGUCGAUUACCUGGAUCGUAUCAUAGGAGGGUCCGGCUUGAGUGAUUACUUAAGGCAGGAGUGUCAAACUCAAGGCCCGUGAGCCAGAUCUAACCCACGAGGUGCUUAGAUCUGGCCCACAGGACCAGCCUAGAAAUAGCAAAGGCUCGCAGUGCCUCUGCUAGCAAAAACCUUCUCCUGCAGCACUCUGUCGGCCAAAACAGGGCAUGGGGAGGGGUGUGCGGCCUCCCCACACCCUGGUUUCAGCCUUGAUGGCCUCCUGCAGCACUCUGCUAGCCAAAAUGGGGCUAGGGGAGGGGCGCCCCAUUUUUGCCAACAGAGUACUACAGGAGGCUAUUGAGACUGAAAAUGGGGCGUUUGGGCCGGUAGGGUGCUGCAGGAGGCAUCCGUCCCAUCUCUUGUCUCCCGCCCCCUGGCCGGUCCGCAGAGGACAAUUACAAUGCUGAUCCAACCCUCAAAGAAAUCCAGUUUGACACCCUGACUUAAGGCAAAACUGACAAUGCAGUUCUACAUAUGAGUAUUUGAGGGGAGCGGGGAAAGGCCCAUUGUAUUCAACUGGGCUUGCUCCUCGGAAGUAGAUCUAAGACAGAACCCAUUUUAGACUAACACCUCCCCCCCACAUUGAAUCCAGUCAACAAUGGAUCCCUGAGAGGGGGGUUUGUGGGGUUUCUCACUAUCUAAACUGGGGGAAGUCUCUUUUCGCCGCAUAGACCUUUGUAGAAUGCAUCGUCGAUGUGUUUCAUUCAAAAAUGAAAUUGGAUUGAGUCCAGAUUCAUGUAACCGGGAGAAUCCAAGGAAGCAUUAUUUUGUGAGCAGGUUUGGGACUUCUAAUAGAAGUCUUGGCAUGCCCGGCAAAUUGAAAUUCCCAGGAUUUCUCCCAGGGAUGGGGAUAUCAUCGUUAUUAAGUUAAUGUGAAUGACAAGUUAGCCUUUUCAGGCAGAAAGAGUCCUCUUACAGAGGAAACUGCUGGCACUGCUAUUCAUUAUGCCUCAGAUUAGCCAGAGGCGAGCAAAGGCAGUUGCACUGUGGAUCCUUGGUCGUUCAGAAGCAUCCUUAAGACUCCGCGAAGAAAACGGGUUUGUUCAGAACUGCCAGGAUAUCUUUGGAUAUUACUUUUUAUUGUGAUUGUGAUUUAGGCUUUGGCCUGCAUUGAACCCUGUCACAGCAUCUGUGUCCAGACAGCUGUAGCCAGAUCUCUGGCUUGCUUUUUUUAAAAAAAAAAAAAAACCUACUUGGGCCAAAGAAGCAGUCUUGAGCUCUUCUCCGAGACUGCAUUAUCUUCCUUCCAUUUCGGAAAGCUGUAAUCUCCAUAAAGUGGGAAAAACCAUUCCCCUUUUUUUCAGUGGUGGGAUUCAGCCAGUUCGCACCUAUUCGGGAGAACCGGUUGUUAACUUUCUAAGCAGUUCGGAGAACUGGUUGUUGGAAGAAAUCUUAUUUUGUUUUGUUUUUUCCACUUGACAGGACUAAUCCUGUAAGGAAGGCAGGAAGGAAACGUUCUGGUGUUGUUUCUAGCCUAAUCUUUAUUGCCCUGAUUUCAGAAACUGCCUCUCUGGUUAACCCUUAUUACAUUGUAACAGCUAAGGCGAAGCGCCCAUCGGCGUGAGUGAUGUUGAGUUGGCCACGCCCACAGGGUCACAUGACCACCGAGCCACGCCUACACAGCUGGUCAUUCGGGCAGAGAACCAGUUGCUAAAUCAUUUGAAUCCCACCACUGCCUUUUUUCCUUCGCGCUUUUCUCCAAUCCCCAACUCACUUCAUGUUCUCCAAGCAUCUGGUAAGAAUUACAGUUAGUUUCCUUUAGCAACCAUUUAAAGCUACAACAGCACUGGAAGAAAAGUGACUUACAACUGCUCCUCGCGCUUAUGGCCAUCGCAGCAUGGUCCCGUGAACAAAAUUCAGAUGCUUGGCGACCGACGUGCAUUUAGAACAAUUGCAAGCAUCCUGGGAUCACGUGACUGCCAAUGGGUGACCUUCCCAUCCGGCUUUGUUUAGUGAGUUUUGUUCCCCCAUUUGAUGACUUUUCUUGCCACGGUUGUUCAGUGAAUCACUGCAAUUGAUAAGUUAGUCACUUGGUUAUUAAGUGAAUCUGGCUUUCCCAUGGACUUUGCUUGUCGGAAGGUUGCAAAAGGGGAUCGCAUGACCUUUGGACACUGCAACCAGGUUCUCCUGGUUCGCCAGUUGUGUCCCUUUCUUGACCGGGAUGCCUUAUGCACAGUCAUUCAUGCUCUCGUCACUUCUCGUCUGGAUUAUUGCAAUGCUCUCUACAUGGGGCUACCUCUGAAGUGCACUCGGAGGCUCCAGUUAGUCCAGAAUGCAGCUGCGCGGGUGAUUGAGGGAGCCACACGUUGCUCCCGGGUAACACCGCUCCUGCGCAGUCUGCACUGGUUCCCUGUGGUCUUUCGGGUGCACUUCAAGGUAUUGGUUACCACCUUUAAAGCGCUCUAUGGCUUAGGGCCCGGGUACUUACGGGACCGCCUGCUGUUACCUUAUGCCUCCCACCGACCCGUACGCUCACACAGAGAGGGUCUUCUCAGGGUGCCAUCCGCCAAACAAUGUCAGCUGGCGGCCCCCAGGGGAAGGGCCUUCUCUGUUGGAGCACCUACCCUCUGGAACGAACUUCCCCCCGGUUUACGCCAAUUACCUGACCUUCGGACCUUUCGCCAUGAAUUGAAAACAUAUCUGUUUAUCCAAGCUGGACUGGCUUGAUUUUUAAAUUUUCAAAUUUCUGAAUUUUUAAUAAUUUUAAAUUGGGGUAUUUUAGUAUAGGUCAAUUCGACGGUUUUAAUUUUCGGCCAUCUUUUGAAUAUGUAUUUUAAUUGUUAUUUUAAUUUUGUAUAUUAUUGUUUUAAUCUGGCUGUACACCGCCCUGAGUCCUUUGGGAGAAGAGCGGUAUAAAAAUCUAAAUAAUAUAUAAAUAAAUAAAUAAAUAAAUAAAUAAACUGACUAUACGAUAAAAUCGCUCAGCUCCGGGAUGGUCUGGACCGAAAUUGGGAUGAUCCAAGCGAGGGAGAGGAGACACGUCUUGUUGAGUCCAUUUGGGAUGAGUUUGACCCUGUGGCUCCCGAGGACGUGGACAGGUUGUUGGGGAGACUUCACGCCACUACAUGUUUACUGGACCCGUGUCCUUCCUGGCUGGUACUGGCCACUCAGGAGGUGACACGAGGCUGGCUCCAGGAGA